AUGACUUCUCCUCUGACUGUCAGUUUGGGAACCAGUCCAUGGGGUAAAUACGAAGUACCAGGUGUCGUGGCGCCUUUCGAUACACUGGAGAAAGUCAUGCCACUCAUCGACACUUUCUGCUCGCGCGGUCGCAAGCACAUCGAUACUGCUCGCAUCUACGGAUAUGGCACCGCAGAAGAGCUUCUGGCAGCUGCCGAAGAGAAACACUCUGGUCUGACCGUUUCCACGAACAUCUUCCCUGCUCGCACGACUCCUCUCGAUCCCAGAUACGAACCGUACAACCUCAAUGAACACGAUCUCAAGCUGGGCCUGGAGAGAAGUCUGGCUGCUCUGAAGGCCGGAAAAGUCGAGACAUUCUUUAUCUAUGAUCCGGAUCGUAACGUUCCUCUUGAAAAGACCCUUGCCACACUCGACAAGCUUUACAAGGAGGGUCGCUUCACUCGCUGGGGUCUGAUUAGACACCCAGCUUGGCUCGUUGCCAGAAUCCAGGAACUCUGUUCAGUCAACAAGUGGGUCAAACCUACUGUCUAUCAAGGCAUAUACAAUCCCUUUGUGCGCGGUGUAGAGGCCGAGACCAUUCCUUGUAUCCGUCAUCACGGCAUGUCUUUCGAAGCUGCUCAGCCCCUGGGUAGUGGCAUCUUGGGCGGUCGAUACAGAAAAAACUUCCUCGACUCAGAGCACCCUAAAGGCGGUCGCUUCGAUCCCAGCCAUCUCAUUGGCAUGCACUUGCGCCACAGAUACUGGCAUGAUCCUAUCUUCGACGCUCUUGAGAUGAUUGAGCAAGCAGCCGCCAAGCAUGGAAUGACUGCUCGUGAAUGCGCCAUUCGCUGGGCCCAUCAUCACAGCGCGAUCAAGCCCGAGCUCGGAGACAGGCUCAUCUUGGGAGCUGCGGACGCACAGCAGUUGGCAGAGGUUUUGGAUUUUGUGGAGGCUGGUCCUUUGCCAGAAGGUGUUGCCAAAGCAGUGGAAGCCAGCUGGCAGAAGGCUACAAUUGCGUUGCGUGAUGGCCUCCAUACAGUAGAGCGCAUGACCAAGGCUCCUCCGAUGCGCUGCAUCCAGAAGCUGUCUGUCGGUAGUGCAGCGUUCAAGCCCGCACUUUACUACCAAAUUUUUGUACCAUGCGACAUUGUCGCCUUGGUGCUGCAAUCAGUCGGCGGUGCCAUGUCUUCCCAGUCCAAUGGCUCCUCGCAAGCAGGCGUCAACAUUGGUCUGGCUGGCUUGUCCUUCCAAGUCCUUACACUGCUCGUCUUCAUUGGACUUGGCGUCCAAUACGCUUUCCGCUUUCGUGCAGACGCCAAGCUGGGCAAGGUAACAAUGAGUGGUUUCAACAGCCGCUCCAAAUGGGUCUUUGGCAUGGUGUCACUUGCGACCGUCUUGAUCUUCAUUCGUUGCGUAUAUCGCAUCUACGAGUUGAGUGACGGAUACCAGGGAGCGGCUCUCCAUGACGAGGGAUUGUUUAUUGGUCUUGAGAGUAUGUGA